GAUUUAACUCCGGUGGAAUUCUUGCCUAUUACUCGUGAAGCCUUAGAGCUUGAGCUAGACUCACAGUACCAUACAAACCAGUUUACACCUGGAAUUCUAGCACUGGGGAAGUGAAAAGUAAGUUUAAGGUCCAACCUUGAUACAAGAGACCCUACCUCAUAAAAAUAUGAGGAUAUAACGAAGAACUUAAUAUCCAGAGGUUUUGGAAGAACACAAGACUGUAUUUUCAAGCAUAUUUUUGAAACAUUAAUCCAGCACACAGAAAAUAAAUAUUAACUAAAAACUUGUAAGUUUCAAUCUCAUUUACUUUCUAAGUUUCCUUUCAUUUGCCACUUGAAGUAUUUUAUCACCUCCCUAACAAGCUCCCUAAGGUAAAGUCUUGGUUACAUAUAUAAUUAUAUAUCCAGAGUAGCCCAAAGCAGCACAUAUUUACUAAAUUAAGAACUGUGGAGGAAAAGAAAAUCGAUAAAAUUCAAGACAUUGGGAAGGACUCAAUGGCUAAAUACAAAUAUAAUUACAUUAAUGGAACAGGUUUAGUGUGGUUAUAGGGAGAAUAGGAUACACAACCAGCUGAAGAGAUGAACAGUUGAAUUUGAUAUAGAAAAGUUAAAGAGGAAAUUUACAAAUAAGUGUGGAAGUUUCCGUAGUGUAGUGGUUAUCACAUUCGCCUCACAAAUAAGUGUGGAAGCUAAAAGCAUGGUCCUGGGUUUAAAUCCCAGCUCUGCUUUCUGCUGUCUCUAAAUACAUAUUUGAGCACAUUACUUAAACUCUGUGUGGGCCUCAGUAUUUCAGAAAGUUUAAAUUCCACUAACCUCACAAACCUGCAUUAGAUAACAAAUGUAAAUCUGGGUACUACUAAGAUGGUAAUAGGAACUUAAUUGGAUUAUGGCACUGGAGGUGGCUCAUAUAGGCAUCUAUCAAGUACAAUGCCUGCUGACCUAAAUUCAGAACCUAGGUUCACAUGGUCCUCUAACCUCCAAACAUAUGCUGUGCCCAUGCACAUGCCCACAUGCACAUCAGCACACAGAAAAUAACCAAGAUGUAAUAAAAUUUUUAUUUUUGCUUUUAGUAAAAUACAGUGAAAGCACAAAACAAUUAGAACCUCAGACUACAACAACAACAAAAAAAGAAUAUAUUACAAGAAGUGGUCAGCAAUGGAGAUGCCCUAGACUAUUCCUUUUACUAAAAAAGGUAAGGCACGAAGAUUGCCAUUAGUUGAGGCUAUCCUAAGCUACACAGUUGAGCACCACACCAACCAGGAAUGCAUAGUUAAGAUCUGUCUCAAAAAAAAAAAAAAAAAAAAAAAAAAAAAGGAGAUGAAACAGAGAAAAUGAAAUAAGGAAUGAAUGGAAGCCAAAGAAAGAGUCCAUUGUUUGAGACAGUCUCACUAUAAACCUCUGGUUGGCCUAGAACUCAAGAGAGGUCCACCUGAUUUUGCCUCCCCAGUUCUGGGAUCAAAGCCCUAAAAGGAAAGGAUUGGGGGAAGAAAUAGUUAACAGCAGAAAGUGUAGUUUGAGCCCAAUACAAUGUAUAAAGUCACAAGACUUGGAAAUUUGAAGGUCAAUCACGAAGGGGGAGGGGUGGGACUUGUGUAUGUGAUAUUUAUAAGGGACAAGACCACAGACAGAUGAUAACAGGUUAAGUGCCAGAGAAUUUUUUUUUUUAAUUGUACUAAUAGAGAUGGCUGAGGGGUAAAGAAGCUUGCCAAAGCCUGACAGCCUGAGCUAUGUCCUCAGGACUCUGACAGUGAGAAGUGAAAGCUGACUCCCACAAGUUGUCCUCUGACCUCCAUCUGUGUGUGUGCUAUGGGAGGUCACAAACCAAUCUCCAACACAGCCAAAAAGUGUGAGUUCCCAUCUUAGUCCCCGAUACCUAGAAGGCUGAAGCAGAGAAUCACUUAAACCCAGGAGUUAAGGUCUAGCCUAGGCGACAUUACAAGAUAGUCUCAAAAAAAAAAAAAAAGUGUAUAUGUAGUGCAUUCAGAACUACAUAUAAGAAAUAGAAGUCUUGUUUUUAAGAAAGUUAACAGAAAUAAUUUUAAUCUUACAGCUUAAAUACAACACAUACACUUUUUACACAUACAUUCAACACUAAACUUUUUUUCUUCCAUCUUUUUUCUUUUUUUUUUUUUUCUCUCAGAGCUGGGGACCGAACCCAGGGCCUUAUGCUUGCUAGGUAAGCGCUCUACCACUGAGCUAAAUCCCCAACCCAUUUCAAAUGUUAUUACCUUUCCCAGUUUCCAGGACAACAUCCCCCUAACCCUUGCCCCUCCCAUUCUAUAUGGCUGUUCUCCUCCCCAUCCACCCCCUAACACUAAACUUUUAAGUAUGUACUCACAGCAGUUUUAAUUAAAGACUAACAGCAUUCAAGGCCAGUGUGAGCCUACCAAGGUCCAGGCAGCUUUUUCUAAACAGUCCUGCUCCCCCCAACACAUGCACACACAGAGUGACAGCACUUAAAGAACAUUCAAUAUUCUAGAAACAAAUCUGAAAUGCUAUUAAUUAACCCAAAAAAAUGUUUUAAAAAUAUACAGCAUACACAAGUGCAUAUAAACAAUUCAAUCAUGAACAUUUUAUUCCAAAAGUAUCAGUAUAAAAUAAUGAAAACAUCUCUGAAUAAAAUAGAAGCAGAGAACAUCAUAUAACAUUCUUUAAACCAAGUAACAGGCUGGAGAAAUGGCCCAUCUUCCAGAGUACCUGGGUCCCAUCCCCAGCACCCACAGCAAGGAGGCUCACAACACCUUCAACUCCAGCUCCAGAGGAACCCAACAUCUCUGGUCUUUGAGCACCCGAACUCAUGUGCACAUGCAUAUACACACACAUAAUUACAAUGAAAUUUUUUAAAAGAAAAAAAGGAAAGUAAACAAAGACUAUCAAUCUGAAAGAAACCAAGCUACAGAAUCCUUAAAAAUCCUUUUCUGUUACUGUUAAGCUCAUGAAGAAUGAAAAGGAAAUGGAAGAAAACCAAUUAUUUCAAUAAUGUAAAACUUGUUAAUUUGGACACAAGAUGCUUUCUUAGCUAGCUAGUCUCAGUGACAAAUUCAAUUGCUAAUUUGAAAAUCAAACCAACAGUACAAGGAUCAAAAACUACAUAAGUAUCUGGUGGUUUAUCAAUUCAGCAAAAGCCUCAAUGCAAUUUUUUAAUAGUUUAACCUCACUCUACCCACAUGGAAAAGUCGGUAUCACAACAUACUAGAAAGUUAUAUGCCCACAAAACUCUAAAUCCAAGAAUAUUAAAGUAGACUCUACAAAUUUAAAAGAGACCACAGGCAAUUUUGACAUAAGAUGUUGAAAGUUGUAAUCUCUAAAGCACAAAUGUAUUUUUUAAGCACUACCAAAGACUACCAAAUCAACUAAAGGUGUCAGAUAAAGAAGGUAGUAUUUUGUUGCUUUAAAAUUUAACUUCACCCACUUUGUGGACUUUUUUUCCACUUUGUGGAGUUAAAUAAAAGUUUACUGGUUUGCCAGGUGAGGUGGUGCAAGCUUUUACAAUUCCAACACUUAAAGAAGUAGCAUGUGGACCUCUAAGCCUGUUUUACACAGUGAGUUCCAGAUGGCCCAAGAACAGGAGACCAUCUCUCAAAACCACAACACUAGUUGGUGAGGGCACAUGCCUUUGAUCCCAGCACUCAGGAGGCAGAGGUAGCUGGAUCUCUUGAGUUCGAGGCCAGCCUGGUUUACAGACUUACUUCCAGAACAGCCAAAGGUACACAGAGAAACCCAGUUUCAAAAAACAAAACAACAAUAACAAAAGCCCAUAACCAAAAAGGUUUACUGGUUCAAUCAAUUGUUUUGCAAUGCUUUUGGCAGCGAAAGACCGUUAUUUUUAAUUUUCUUUUACUUUUUUGUUUGUUUAAGAUGGACUCUAUGUAGCCGUGACUGUCCUUGAACUCUCUAUAUAAACCAGGCUAGCCUGAACUCACGGAUAUCAAACCUCAUCUCCCAGACCCAUGGGAUUAAAGAUUUGUGUCACUACACCUGGGUAUUUUUAAGUUUUGAAUAAAAUUGUUUAUAUUGUUUGUAAACAAUCAGAGUCAGAAAUAAAUUAAUCUAUGCAAUUAAAAGGUUUACUAUUCGAAACCAAACUGAAGAUUAACAUUUAUUUGAGGAUACCUUUUCUACAUUUAAUAAUCAAGCUGUUGUUUCAACAUUACUUUUUCCUAAAUUCACCAAAGGAGUUCUUUGUGUGUAUAAUAACGAAUGAUAUUUCUUAUGUCGAAAUUUACGUCUGAAAAACAGGUGCAACAUUUAGAUGCAUACUUUUUUUCUUCUAAGCUUAAAUUAUACCCUGGAAAGGAAAUUAAAACUAAAUGGAACUAACUAUCCUACAGCUUGAAUAAUCCUUUCAAACAGAUGGAGCAAUUUAAAAAAUUCAAGGCAUGAACCCGCAAUUGCCACCUUCCAAAAGUUAGGAUAACUCAAGUCUGUCAGAGGAUCACAUUAAGUGGACAUUUAGCUCCCUUUUAGCGUAUACCAAAGUAAGUACGUUCUACUCCAAAUUAAAGCUAAUUCUUUCCGCAGACAUUUCAUAAAUACAGUACAGAUAAGCCCAGUUUUGCUUUCUAUCAGUAAAAGCAUGAAUAUAGAAGGGACGUCUAGUGAAGCCAACUCAAAAGAGAAAUAUUCAGUUAAAGUUAAUGAAUCAUUAAAAGCGCUAAAGGAAAUCCAAGUGGCAUCCUGGGUUCUUAAAAGAGUAGAGGAGGGGAAGGCAAACUUCGCUUGUCGGCCGCAAGCCAUUGUGCGCGGCCUUAGCCCGAAGCGGCGUGGCUGUCAAGGGGCAAGUGCGUACCGAGGCGCGGGGGAGGGGGCUGGACGCCACAUCGGAAGAGGGUGCGGGAGCCAGGAGACAAGACACUCAUCCCAGGCCCUCUCCGCGAGUUCUCACCCUCAAGAGGGCUAACAAGCGCAAACUCAGUGCCCAGCGGGCUUACGCCAGACUCUCGCUCAGAGGCGCUGGGCCCAAACCCGGAGGCCCAAUAGGUGCCUCGGGAGGAGCUCUACGGACGCCAUGCUAAAAGCCAAAAUGGCUGCCCCAAGGAUGCCCGCAGCGCGCAGCCCGUGAGGAGGGAGCCGGCCGCUGCGGGAGCAGGGGUGGGGGGGCCCGGAGCGCCGUCACCGCUCGCCAGCCGGAGCCGCUCAGUCCCCAGGUUCUGGCUACAGUCAUCCCUUGCCAUACCGUUUGAGUGAUAUUUGGAAAGGAACUGGCCAAAGGCGAAAAAAAUGAUCAAGUUCUUCCUUAUGGUGAACAGACAAGGGCAGACCCGGCUGUCUAAGUACUAUGAGCAUGUAGACAUUAAUAAACGUGCACUUCUGGAAACCGAGGUCAGCAAGAGCUGCCUGUCCCGAUCCAGUGAACAAUGCUCGUUCAUUGAAUACAAGGAUUUCAAAUUGAUCUACCGGCAAUACGCAGCUCUCUUUGUUGUGGUUGGAGUUAAUGACACGGAGAAUGAGAUGGCUAUCUAUGAAUUCAUACACAAUUUUGUGGAAGUUUUAGAUGAAUACUUCAGCAGAGUGGUCUUUCUCUGAACCUAGAGCUCACUGACUGGGCUUGAGUGGCUGGCAGCACAGGGAUCCUGUCUUCAGCGUCUCAGGACUGGGAUCACAGACGUGUGCUGCUCUCCAGAAUUUAAGUUCUGAAGGUCUGGACUUGGGUUCUCAGGGUUAUACAAGCCAGUCUACCACCUAAGCCUCCUCUUCAGACCUAUUUUAUUUUGUUUUGUUUUAUUUUGUUUUAUGAGGUUAUGUGCAGUGCCUCCAGCUUGGGAUGUACAGAGGGAUGACCUUGUGAGUUCUGGGCCUACCUGAGCUGUGUAGCAAAAUUCUGUCUCAAACAGACAAAAAACCAGAAGUUUAUUUUAACACACGCACCUAGGAAAUUCAUAUUCACUUGCCAGUUUCUGGAAGUGUUUGAUACCCACCUUAAGGAUAUUUAGCAAUUAUGCCAACAAGCAGUUAACUUCACGGUGCUCUGAAAUAAUCAUGAUAUAGUACAAGAGUUCUCGCAGCUAUUAUGAUGCCACGUUUUACUAUUAUCCUUGCAUAUUCAGACAGGGUCUCGGUAUAGCCAGGGUGGCCCCAAAAUUCUUACAUAGCUGAGGAUGACCUGGAGCUCCAAAUCCUCCUGCCUCUACCUCCCAAGAUCUGGGAGUACAGGUUAUCAUAUGUGGUUAUGGCAUAUUCUAAGUGUCUUCCUAGUAAGCUCAUCAAUAAAAUUUACAUUAGUUCCAAGAAAUAGAACAAGACAAUUUCAUCAGGCUGGUGCAAAAUAAGCACUUUCCUUCUCUUAUUCUAUGACAGUUUUGUUUUUAAAUUAACACACAAGGUAUUUUAUAAAAAUUGUCAACACUUGACGAACUUUGUGCUAAAUGUCUGUAUUGUUCCAAUCUUAUGUAUGUGCUGCUGAAGCGAGCACGUGACGUGUCUGAGUCCAUCUUCAGUGUUUUAGAACAGUCAGUACAGAGAAGAGCCCCUGCUGCCCGCGCCCUGCCAAAACCUUCUGCCACUCAGACGACAGAGUACACAGGGCUGUCUUACCAAGAGCGUGUAUGUGCAGACUGGUGUGAGGGGCUGUGCAUGGGGGGAAGCAGAACUCUAUGGACCCUGUGCUGCUCUCAUAUAAGGAUGGGGAGAGAAGACAGUUUUCUAAAAUUUUAUAUACAGAUUUUAGAGUUUUAAUCUAUAAAGACCAGAAAACUAGACAUAGGAGACUGUAAAAGCCAAUGUGGACUGUUCGGACCUCAGUUGGGAAGGCAUAGGAAAGGCUCUGGCCCCUGGGAACAGUGCACAUUGAUGCACUAAGUCCUCGGGAUGUGGGGAAAGCCCCAUCUAGAUCAAGACCUUCGAUGUCUUGCAGAUUCGCAGUAUCAGGGAAACACUGUCCUAGUUGGUAGGCACUUAAUCAUUAGCAUGUGGAGGUAACUGCAGAAACUGGUGCACCACAAGUAGCUAGGGAGUGGACAAAAUUAACUUUUGGGUCACACUAAAAUAGUAGAUGAAUUAUAUCCUGGCACAGAUUCUAGUACCUUCAGAGAAUAUUAAAGUUUUUAAAAAAUAUUAAGUAGAUACCAUAGCCAAAUACACAGAAGAGCUCUAACUGUACUUGGAGACCUUGGUGUGUCUGACAACACCUGACUCAGUGUGUUGUGACCACCUCACUUCAGCCAAGUGCCUGCAGGAACUUCUAAACUGCUCUAACAGUCACAGUGUGACCCGCUAUAGCUAGACCAGGUAGGACCUGGCGAACUCAAACAGGCUCAGCUGUCUUCCCCACUCAGACAGUGCCAUGCAAAGCAACCACACGUCCAUAAGCAAAAGAACAUGACUGUUCUAAUAAGACACGGACAUUCCAGGCUGGGGGUGUUGGUAUGUUUGCCUAGCACUGCAUAAAACAGGCCUGACGAUAAAUGCUGUGAUCCAACGCUGGGGGAGGCAGAGGCAGAGGAACCAGAAGUUCAACACCAUUCUUGGUUACACGGAGUUUGAGGCCAGCCUAGGUUAGAGAUCUUGGAAAAAUUAUUUUUUCAUGUCAUAAAAUACUACCUUUACUUGUAUUUUUAGCCAUCUAAAGGGGCCAGGGCUGGAGAGAUGGCUCAGUGGUUAAGAGCACUGACUGCUCUUCCAGAGGUCCUGAGUUCAAAUCUCAGCACAACCAUCUGUAAUGGGAUCUGAUGCCCUCUUCUGGUGUGUCUGAAGACAGCUACAGUGUACUUAUAUAGAAUAAAUAAAUAAAUCUUUGAAUAAAUGAAUAAAUGAAUGCACUUGUCACAAAGUCUGGAGAUCUGAAUGUGAGUCCAGCACCUACAUGGCUGGAGAUCAGCUCCUUUUUCUCUUUCCAAGACAGAAUUUCCCUGGCUCCCCUGGAUGGAACUCAGACAUCCUCCUGCUUCUGCCUGCCCAGUGAUGGGACUAACAGUGUGUGCCAUCCGAGUGCAGGGGUAUACCACUGUCCACCCCUCCCAAAUCAGGGUAUGAAAACAAGAUAAACCACUUUAACACCACACUUACCUCACAGUUAACAAGAACAGGCAGCAAACCAGAUCCGCUCUCCCACUGCCCAGCAGCCUUCCCAAAAGCUGACCACACACAAGAUUUUCCUUUGCCUUAGAAAUGUAAAUAAUGGCAAUCUGGCGCACAUAAAGUGAGUUUCAGUUCUAGUGUGGAGUUUUUGUUGUGUAGCCAUGACUUCACUGAAAAGUUGAAACAAAACAAAACAAACAAUAACAAAACCCCUUUGUUUUCCUGAUUGGAACAGUUAAUGCUGAAACAUUGCUGCUACAUUUCAGUCUCACAGUCAGGCAGAGAGGGAGGAGGUGAACAUAAAGGCUGGCUCUGGCUGCACAUCCACAGCACUGGUUCCCUAUCAGGGAUCACUGUGCUCAAAGACACAGUGCUUCCUUAGGCGGUAUUUACUCCGUGUUAGGUAUAGCAACAAUGAUUUCAAGCCUCCAAGAGGACAUGGGCAGGACACUCACAAAUACUCCGGCAUGUGUGUAGAAGACCAUCCUGCGAACAGCCCUCCGAGGAUUCUGACCCACAAAUAAGGGCACCAACCAUAGUCUGUGCUCUCUCUUACGGUGAUAGUGUACCUAAGUGCGGAGCAACCUCAGAUACACUCCGGAUGCCUUUGAAAAGCCACUGUGGGGAGCUGGAGAAAUGGCCCAGUAGUUAAGAGCAUUGCUUACUCUUGGAGGACCCAGGUCAAUUUCUAAUGCCCAUAAGACGCUCAACACCAGUCCCAGGGGUAUCUUAUGUCCUCCACGGUAUUGCACUCAUGGUACAAUCAUUUGUACAAGCAACACACACACACACACUAAAAAAAUAAAGGUUAUUAUUUUUAUUGUUACUAGCUAAAACCAUUGUGGAAACUAUUGAGUAUGGAAAUUAGAAGUACACGCCUUUCUUUUAAACCAGAAAAUAGUAUUCUGGUUUCUUUCCACACUAACAGAACAUAUGAAGUCAUUCCUGAUCUCACUCCUCCUCCUCCCUAAAGAUACAGUGCUAGAUAGUAAACCUGCUGUUUAAAAAAAUAUAACACUAGGGGCUGGAGAGAGGGCUCAGUGUUUAAGAGCACUGACUGCUCUCCCAGAGGUCAUGAGUUCAAUUCCCAGCAACCACAUGGUGGCUCACAACCAUCUGUAAUGGGAUUGAUGCCCUCUUCUGGUGUGUCUGAAGACAGCGACAAUGUACUCACAUAUAUAAAAUAAAUAAAAAAGGGUUAACACUAGCUCGGCAUGGUAACUCAUACCUGUAGUCCCAUUCAGGAGGCACACAUAAGAGGACCACCGAAAGUCUGAGGCCAGCAUGGUCUACACUGGGAGUUCUAGACUAGCCUGGGCUCUAGAGUUAAGACCUGUCUCAAAAUAAAUAAAUAAAAUAAGAAAGAAACAAAGAAAUGAAAUGAAGUAAAUGUUCAUUUCCAGCUGCAGGGUAUGUUAUAACCAAACAGGGCAGAUAUUUCUUAUACUUCUCCAGUUUCACCAAGUUUCUUUCCUGUAGAAAAGUCCAUUUCUUCUUGUAUUUUCAUAAAACUGAGUAACUGAAGAUGAAAAGUGGUCAGAGCUUCUCCUCCGUUCGCCAGAUCCAAUGCCCCAGUCUCUUACCCAGCUCUGAAGCACACCUAUGACCUUCCGUCAUCCUGUCUGUCUCCUGUAGACUCUACAGAUCUUGCCCUUCUAGCUGCUGCCUUGUCCCAACCCCAGCACCUCCUACUAACCCAAGAGCCCUGCUUCCUCCAGCUCACCCAGUCCCAACCCCCACUCCAGUCCCAUCCCACCUCUGUAGCAUAACACCCACUGUGGCCUCCAUUUCCUCUCUGCCCCCAUGCCCAAGAGAUCACCAGCAUCUUCUCCAACUCUCCUUACCCCACCUCAACUGUCCUCCUUAGUCCAGCCUCCAGCACCAGUAGGAAUUCCUGGGGACAUACCAGCUGAGCAGGCCAGGGAAACAAGUCCACAAAAAAUUUCCUACCAGGCAACACACAGCUGUUACACUCUCUUAAAAUCCAGAGAGGAAGCAGAAAUCAAAGAACAGGAGAACAUUAUUAGCCCAACAGAGACAAAAACAGCUAACGAUGUUACCUGUAACCGUAAUCAUUCCAAUCCCAGGUACCACAGUAAAAACAUAGUAACAUAUAGGACAGUGUGUCUCCACUUGAGCCCAGAUAUCCCACCACAGCAGGCCCUGAACAGUCCAAUAUAGCUGAAGUGUAAAAAGACCUUAAAACAGUUUUUAUAAAGAUAAUAGAGGUCCUUAAAGAGGAAAUGAAUAAACCCCUUCAAGAAAUCCAGGGAAAUACAAACAACUGGGGGGACUGAAUAAACCCCUUGAAGAAAUCUAGAGAAACACAAAUGAGCAGUAUAAGAAAGUGAGUGAAACUGUCUGAGACCUGAAGAUAGAAGUAGAAUUGAUGAGGAAAGCCAAACUGAGGGAAUUCUGGAGAUGAGAAAUGUGGAAUUCAUACAGAAAGUACAGAGGCAAGCUUCCCCAGCAGAGCACAAGAGACAGAAGAACCUCAGGUCCCGAAGACAGGGUAGAAAAGGUGGACAUACCAAAGAGAGUGUUAAAUCUAAAAACUCGCCUUGCCAGGCAGCAGUGGUGCAGAGCUUCAAGCCCAGCACACUGGAGGCAGAGGCAGGCAGAUCUCUGACUUUGAGGCCAGCCUGGUCUACAGAUAAAGUUCUAGAAUAGCCAGGGCAAAAGGGAAAAGAAACCUUGUUUCAAAAAACAAGUAAAAACCAAAAGGUCUUCCAACCAAAAAAAGCUCAGGGCCAGAUGGUUUUAGCACCAGACUUUCAAACAAAAGUUAAUACCAAUACUCCUCAAAUUCUCCACAAAAUACAAACAGAACAUUGCCCCCCGCCCCCAGCCAAAUAAUCAAAUUUAAAAAUGGGCUACAGAUCUAAACAGAGACUUAUCAACAGAGGAAUCACACAUAGCCAAGAAGCUUUUAAAGAAAUGUUCAACAUUCUCAGCCAUCAGGAAAUGCAAAAUCAAAACAACUCUGAGAUUUCAUGUUUACCAUCUGUGAGAAUGGCUGAGAACAAAAACAAAAGCAGGGCUGGAGAGAUGGCUCAGAGGUUAAGAGCACUGGUUGCUCUUCCAAAGGUCCUGAGUUCAGUUCCCAGCAACCACGUGGUGGCUUACAACCAUCUGCAAUGGGAUCUGAUGCCUUCUUCUGGUGUGUCUGAAGACAGCUACAGUAUACUUAUACAUUAAAUAAAUCUUAAAAACAAAAACAAAAACGAUUAAAAAAAAGAGUGACAGCUCAUGCUGGUGAGGGUGUGGAGAAAAACACUCCUCUAUCACUGAGGGGUGUGAAACUUGGUACCGCCACUAUGGAAAUCAGAAUGGCAGUUCCUCAGAAAGUUGGGAAUCAUCUACCUCAAGACCUAGCUCUACCAUUCCUGGGCAUACACCCAAAGGACACUUCAUCCUGCCACAAGGACGCGUUCACAACCAUGUUCAUUUUGCUCAAACAGCCAGAAACUGGAAACAACCUAGAUGUUCCUCAACAGAGGAAUGCAUAAAGAAAAUGUGGUACACUUAUGCAAUGGAAUAUUACUCAGCUGUUUAAAGGGGGGAAAAAAGGACAUCAUGAGAUUUGCUAACAAAUGGAUAGAACUAGAAAAGAAUCAUCCAGAAUAGGAAACCAGUCCCAGAAAGAUAAAUAAGGCAUGUAAUGCUGAUAUAUGCGUAUCAGCCAUUAAAUAAAUGAUAACCAAGCAACAAUUGGUAGGCCUGGAGAGGUUAGGCAUAGAGGAAGGGACUAGGGAACAUGCGCACAGAUCUCCCUGAGAAGAGAAAAGAGAGUCUAUGUCUGGACUGGUGCUGCAAAACUCUUAUAAACUCACAGGGACUGAAGCAGCCUACACAAGUCUGCAUCAGGUCCUCUGCAUAUAUAUUAUAGCUUCCAGUUUAGUAUUUUUAUAGGACUUGAGUGUGUUAACAAGUGGGUUUCUGAUUCUCAUGCCUUCUCUUGGAGCUCUUUUCCUCCUGUUGGUUUGCCUUGUCCAACUUUGAUGUGAUAGCGUUUGUUUAACCUUAUUAUAUUUUAUUUUGUUUUCAAAAAAAGGGAAUUUAUGUUACUGUGAAGAGUUAAGGUAAAGUAUCGGGUUAAGCUCUUAGGUCUGAUGGCUGCAGUAAAAUAGUGACAUGACACAGUUUCCUACGCUGCAAACAUUUUAAUGAUUAUUGUUGAGCAUACAUUUCAGAAAUUUACUUCAAACUGCAACAAGUUAAAUAAAUGUUUAUAAUAUACAAAGAAAA